CUCAAAACUCAAAAGCCUUGAUUUUUCUUUAUUAGCUUCGUCUUGCUCCGAUCCGAGCAACCGUGACAGGUGCUGCCCAUGGAUAACUCAAGCGAGCAACCGCCCCCUCAUUUGGGUCUGACCCGAGAAGAGUAUGCUGAGCUGAAGCCUCUCAUUGACGCAUACCAUAAUUUUGAGCCGACGCCGAACACAUGCACAUCGCUGGUAACUCAGCGCAUCGAUGCUCCAGCUGAAGUCGUUUGGCCUUUCGUUCGAAGCUUUGAAAAUCCACAAAAAUACAAACACUUCAUCAAGGGUUGUAACAUAAGGAGCGGCGACGGUAGCGUUGGGAGCGUUAGAGAAGUCACCGUGGUUUCGGGCUUGCCAGCUUCGACAAGUACGGAGAGGCUGGAGUUUUUGGAUGAUGAAAAGCAAGUGUUAAGCUUUAGGGUGGUGGGAGGUGAGCAUAGGCUGAGAAACUACAGGUCGGUGACAUCGGUGAAUGAGUUUCAUAAGGAAGGGAAAGUUUACACCAUUGUUUUAGAGUCUUAUAUAGUGGAUAUACCAGAGGGGAACUCUGGGGAAGAUACAAAGAUGUUUGUGGAUACAGUCGUGAAGUUGAAUCUACAAAAGCUCGGGAUUGUGGCAAUGGGUUCUCUUCAUGAACCGAGACAUGAUUGACUACAACAAGAUUGAAAUAAGUUUGCUUAGGGUAAGAUUCUCUCUGAAUGAAAGUCUAGUUUAUUAGUGGGGAUUUGACAGUUUGCGAAUUGGUUUGUAUAUCUUAGAUUUUGUUGGGUGAUAAACUCAGUUAUAUUAUUUUAAUCUAGGAUUAAAUAUUUAUGA